UCAAGAGAAAAGCGAUGGCUCGUCUGGGUUGUCUCAUAAAACAGGACGAGAAGGGUUCGGUAUUGCUUCCCAACGCCUAUAGGAAAAGAAAGGACAAUUCUGCAAGCAGAAAAAAACUAAAACUUCCAUGACAGGGAUCAAGACUGAUGAAACUCCAUUAUUUUUGGCAACAACUUGGAGUAUUACAGAGCUUGUGGAAGAAAUACUAAAGAUUUAUCCUCAGGCAGUUGAGCAUGUUAACAAAAAAGGAAGGAACAUAUUACAUGUAGCCAUUCAAUACCGCCAAAUGAAGAUUUUUGAUAUGGUCACAAGGAAUGAUAUGCGAGCAAGGAGGCUGUUGCGAGCCACAGACGCGCAAGGGAACUCCUUACUGCAUACUGUUUCCAAAAAUAGAAAAGGUCUUAUCAUGGAAACUUCCCAAGGCCCCGCACUCGACUUGCAAGAUCAGUUGCUCCUUUUUGAGAAAGUGAAGAAAUUAGUUAAAUCCGAUUUCUUCAGGCUCUUCAACCAUAAGAACCAGACUGCUCAAGAGUUAUUUGCUGAUAACUAUUCUAAACUUCAUGAGGAUUCCAAAAAAUGGCUAGAGGAAACCUCUAAAAAUUGCACUAUUGUGGCUGUUCUUAUCGCCACUGUCGCCUUUGCUGCAGCCUACACUGUACCUGGAGGUAAUCAACAAAGCAGUGGUAUUCCAGUCCUUCUCUCCAAUCCCUUCUUCGUGGUUUUCACCUUGGCUGAUGUAAUCUCCCUUACUUUCGCUUUGACAUCGGUAGUUUCGUUUCUCUCAAUCAUCACAUCACCAUUUCGAUUACAAGACUUCAAGUACUCUCUUCCUCAGAAACUGAUGCUGGCUUUUACAUUUUUAAUCCUUUCUGUAACAAUGAUGAUGGUAGCAUUUGCUGCAACCAUCAUCCUCAUGAUCCAUGAUAAGGAAAGUUGGUCAAAAAUUGCUCUAUACUCGGUUGCAUUCCUUCCAGUCCUCGUUUUUGCUCUCUCAUAUUCAAAUCUCUAUGCACAUCUGGUGAAAGCUUGUUCGCACCUGUUGCAAAUUAUACAGGAAAUUUGUCCUAGGUGUAAGGGUAAUCGUCCGCAUCGUAAUGAAUCCCGAUGCAUGAGUUCCUCCAACCAUCCUGAUGAAUCUCACAGAUCCAGUUUCAGGCGCCCUUCUACACCUCAAAUUACUGAAGUUUGAAAGGUGGAAAAACCUCAUAGGAACUCCUUAUGGGCGAAAGAGACAUCAAUCAAAGGAGUGAAUUCAUUUGUUUUCCAACUACUGCUAAGAACUGCUAUAUCUAUGUAUGUUUAAUUUACCUUGUUCUGAGAGUGAAUUAUGUGUUG